UGUCCAACCACAUGUUAAUAAGUUGUUAUUUCCGUGUGUAUAUUAGCCCUAUAAAAGUUAAAGGCUGAUUUGUUCCGAGAUAUUCUGCACAACACUGAAAACUAGCUAAAGAAGUGAUGAUGGGUUGGCUGCGAGUGUGCCUGGCCUUGCUACUACUGCUUCAGUGGACGGGAGCAGAUCAUGAUGACGAUGACCACAGUGUGGUCCACACAAAGUACAGGCCAGGUGAGUGUCUCCCAGGGGACAAGCACAAGGAGCUGGCAUGUCCAGAGCCUGAGGGCCCAGACUACAAGGCCUGCUUCCAGUGGAGGGAUGAGACAUGCUGUACGGCUGAGUUCACAGAACAACUGGACACACCUCGAGUCACUGAUGUGGAUGGGUUUAGGUGGGACCAUUGCGGGAAUCUGUCCGAUCGUUGUCAUGACUACUUUGUCAAUAUGGAAUGCUUCUAUAGAUGCUCCCCUAAUGUGGCUCACUGGCGGAACCCCAACUACACGAGUGCCGUCCUCCAGUUGCCAGUGUGCAGGGAGUUCUGUGACGAGUGGUACGAUGCGUGUGCGGCAGACAUGACCUGUGCCACUAACUGGAUCAGUGACUGGCUCUAUGUCAAUGAGAAGAAUCUCUGUAUCAACUCCUCGUCUUGUAGGACCUUCUCUGACGUGUACGGGAGUGGGAAGGGUUUGUGUGAGAUGCUGUGGGGACCAUCUUUUGUCUACUCCAACACCUCGUCCACUGAUCCUGAUAGAGAGUGUAUGACCAUCUCGUGGAAUGUAGACCAACCCAGCCCCAACGAAGUCGCCCUCAACAACAUAUUUGGUGAUGCCGUGAACACUGUGGAGGCGGCUACGUGUGGGGGGCGUGGCCUGAGUGUGUGGAGUGCCCUUGUGACCCUCGUGACAAUGGGCGUGGCCACAGUGCUCCUAUAGGUGGACAAUAUUACACAAACGCUCAAAAUUGAUAGAACAAAUUUAGGCCAAUCAUUUAAAUGACAUCGAUCAAUUCUAAUUUUUGAAGUUUAUAAUUUUUUGUAUUUUAUACGUAGCAUGACAUAAUCAAUUGUAUACAUAAUUGUUCUGAUUGUUGAAUCGAUUAUAUCAUAAAAUCUC